GUAAGGGGCUUAGACCGAGUACCGACUCGCGUCAUUACCUACACUUAUUUGUAAAUUAUCUCCACCACUCUAGCACGUUUUUAUAAAAACGUAAUUACGCUCUUAUUGUCCAAGGUUACAAUUAUUUUAUUCAUUUUAGUGUAAAAUACGUGUGAGGUAGUGGUUCCGGGGAACGGUAUUCGUAUUGUGGUUAUAUCCAUUUCAAGGGCUAGAAUAAUGUAAGUGUUAAUACGCCUCGGAAAUGCGGCGCUAAUGAGGCUUUCCUCAAGACCCAAUGGCUUUCUUAGGUGGGGUUAGUCAAUUGUACUUCGCUGCUAGCACUGGCUUUUAAAUGUUUCGCGAAGGAAUCAGUCAUACCGUUUUUAUGCGCUUCUAGUAUUUCUAUCUGGUAGUAGCAUAUCUGACCGUAGCAGCAUUUAUGGAUUCAAAGCUCAAACUCCUCAACUUUUCUAAAUCCAUCUGAACCCUUGUCCAAACUGGUGCCUCCUGGAUGUGCUUGUAAUGUAAAUAAUAGUGUCAGGUGAGAGAGCACCUGACCCAAUGGAGUCCAUCUCAGGGAAGUUCACGGUGACAAACAAACGUCAGUGCAGGAGCAGGGCUCAGCGGCCAUGCCCGGCCAAAACCGUGACUACACGCCGCCAGUCCCGGUCCACACAGGGAUUCUUUGAAAGGUUGCCUGCUGAGGUCUUCGACAUGGUGCUGGAGCUCCUUUCCUUGAUGGAGACCAGUGUAUUCAGCAUGGUGUCCAAAGCAAUCAGCAGUUACAUUGUGAACUACAUUUCCACACAUACCUGGAGAAACAGAAUGAUUUUACGGAAGUUUCACUACUCAUCUUCAAAAGAAGAGUGUAUUUUAGAUCACUAUAAAUCACUAGGCUUAUUAUUCAAGAGAUGUACUCUCUUACUCCCAACAAAGGACAGGUUAAAGUUCAUAUGUAGCAGUUUUUCACAGGUUCCAUGCUUCAUGAUGGAGGGCUGCACAGCAUCCUCAAAGUGUUUGGGCUUUGCCAGCUAUGGGGUGUUUUUGCAGACAUUGAUAGCUGGAUGGGAUGAGCUGGAGUGUCACCGGGUUUUUAAUUUCCUCUGCAACUUCACUAACCUGCCCCGCAAGAUGGAAACCACUGUUACAGGAAAACCAGGAGCUUUACAGAGGCUGGAGUUGCAGAUCAGACUUUUCUGCAGGAACGUACUGCUGGACCCCUGGCAGAAUGGACGGGACACUCUGUUCUGGCUCACUUGCAUCCUGAAGCCCUGGCCUAUGGUCAAUCAGGCACGGCUGCUCUUCAUCCUCUACGGCCCGCUUCAACCAAAUGGUAAGAUUGCCUGGCAUGAGGUAGGGGAUGGUGUGCUGGCACAGGGUGCCUUGUGGGACCUGGCCAAGGCACUCCUCCUGCUUCAUGCAGAUUCCAAAGACUGGACUGCGGACACCAUCCUGAGUAUCAUUGAAGAACUGACAGUGAUGCCACAGGCCUGGCACACGGAGAACAUGGCACGUCUUCUCAUUCUGUGUGGAAACAGCAUUUGCUACAGUUUCCUAGCCAGCAAGGCCAUCAAUGGAAGGCUGUUUGAGAUUGCUAGGCUCAUAGCAUUUCUUAUCCUGGUAUGUGAGAAGGAUGGUUACUGCAUGAACUGGUCAGUGAAGAUGAUGCAACACCUCUCCAAGUUUUUUUCCACUGCCCCAGACAAGUGGUCCUUCAUACAGAGUGUGGAGAACAUGUUCUCUGAGGUCACCAUGGAGAUGUAUGAAGUGGUCCUUGCAGCAAAUCAUAAUGAGGAUUUAGACUCCUUCCAGAAUUUGUGUAGCCUCCUGAAUGCUAGUGCUCAUUUCCACACUGAGAUGAUCUACACAUUCCUUAAGGAUUUAUAGAGCACUUUUAGGUCAG